UCAGUGUACAGUCGGAAUGAGUUCGAGAGAGAAUUUCAAAUCGCUUUUGCGAAUCGUAAUUACGUUUUGUUUAAUUCAAUCGAUUACAACUGGGAACAGUCAGUGCAACCCGGAGUUAUGUGAUUGUUCGAAAUAUCAGCAAGACAAUUGGUUUUCCUGUCCAGCAAACGGGCCCACCUCCGUCACAUUUAGAAUCUGGGACAGCGGUAAAAGCAUGGAUGUACUCGAUCCAGCAAAAUACUUUAAACGCAUCGAAGCUUAUGUCACAUGUUACACAAACGAUCAGUUGGUAUUCGAUGUGCUAUCGCAAAUAGACGUUGAAGCCGUACAUAAGAUUGGUUAUACAAACUGUACAGUUCCGUUCAAUUCGUCAUUAGCUGCUGGUAUGCCAAAUCUGGAUGAGUUAAGUUUCCAACUCGAUGAUGACGCUGUGGAUUUGCAUUGGAAAUCGGUUCACUUCACUGGUAUGAACAACUUAUGGAAAAUACAACUCAAAACAAACUCACCGAGCCAAUUACCAAACACUCCAUCGGAAUUACCGUCGCUAAGUGAGGUCCAUCUAAACAUGCCACAUCCGAAUUUGAAUUUGUUCUCAUCCGCAAGUCGAAUGUUUUUGCAUAAUAUUUAUGGACGUUUCAACAGCGAUGGACUCGAAAAUAACACAAAAAUUAGUUUUUAUAUUAAAAAUUCUCAAUUGAAUCCUCUCACUGCUGCAUCGAUGAAAGGAUUGGUUGGACUUAAAUUUAUAUGGCUUUCCGACAAUGUUCUGAGCUAUGACUUCGAUGCCCUGAAUCCUCUGGUAAAUUUAGAAGAAUUCCAUUCUUCAGCUAACAAAGUGAAGGCUUUUCCGUCCGAACUUUUCAGAAAAAAUAAAAAGUUACGAAGCAUUCACAUUUCAGAAGGCGAAGUGGAUACUCUUCCCGAAGAAUUCUUCAGUUAUUUGCCGGAAUUGAAGGAAAUCGACCUUUAUGCGUGUAAGGUACGGACGGUUCCGCAAAAUAUUUUUCAAAAUUCCGAAGCUAUUCAAGAGAUCUCGUUCAUGAACAAUAAGUUAUCAUCACUUCCAGCUGGUCUAUUCGAUAACCUACCAGUGUUAGAGAGCGUUAAUUUAGCUGGUAAUCUUUUCGAAAAUACGCUAACUUCACUUCCAAUUGAUUUGUUCGCUAAUGCGCCAAUGCUUAAGUUUAUAUCUUUGCACAGCAAUCGUUUUGAAACGGUGCCUACUGCACACAUUAAAAACAUUUCCGGCCUAUUCAUAAAUUUAUCAUCCAACCAAAUUAAGGACAUAACCGUCGAAGAUUUGCCCAUAUUCGAAAAGAACACAAAAGUAAAUUUAGGUCGGAAUAAAAUUUCUCAAUUCAGUGGUAUAUCAUAUGUGCGGCAACAUCCCCACCGAUACAACAGCACGCUCGUAUUGGACGGAAAUAGGUUCAAUUGCUCCUUGUGUGAUGUUUAUCACCUUCUUCAGGAACAAACGCCAGCGUUUUCGAUAAACCUAUACGGUACAAUGUGUUUCGGAUACCAUAUUAUGUUACGUUUCAUAGAAUUAACUUUUGACGGCUGCGAUCUCCCUGCACCAAGUGAUUAAUAAUGGGAAAUUAUAUUCUACCGAUAAAUUAAUUCAAAACUACCGAUAAAAAAUAAUAAAGAACCGAUAGCGAAAUUCCCAAGUGCCGACAAAAAUAUUCAAAACUAUCGAUAACUUUUUACCGAUAAAAAGUACUAAAGUACCGAUAAACUGGUCGUUUUAUCGAUCAUUUAUCAUUUUCUAUCGGCAGUUUAUUACUUUCCAUCGGUAAUUCAUUAUUUUCUAUCGGUAGUUUAAUACUUUCUAUCGAUCAUUAAUUAUUUUUUAUCGG